AGAAGUCAACGUUCAUCGGAUGAUCGAAUUGGCGCAGUUAUCAUCUGAAGUUGAAAAGAAAAUCUUAACCCGUAAGAAAACAGAAUUUACUUUUAAAGGGUCCAAUGUCCUUUCCAUUACACUGGAAAAUCAAAAGCAAAGGAAAAUCAAACAAUCAAAAAAAUGGGUGGUGAGACGAUGACCCCUCCUAGCUUCACUUCUGAGGAAGAAUCCUCAGUGGACCAAGAUUUCCCAGUUCGAUCAUUUUCUUCCCAAAAACCCACUUUGGUCAGGGAUGAUUUGAGAAUGGAGGUUGAAGAUGGAAAAAUUAAAGCUGGUAACGUCCUUCUUGAAGAAUUUGACCAAUUGGGUCCUCAAUUUUCUUCUUCUCUGGAGUUUGAGGCUUAUAACAACCAGAGACUACAAGUUUACCAAGAGGUCUUGCAGAGUUAUGAUCAAUUGCGGGUUCGAAGUAUGAGUCUAAAUGAGGCAAAGAAUAAAGUUUUAAGUUAUAUUCCUGGUGCAUGGAUUGAGAAUGUUGGUGGCAUGAAAUUGAGUGAUUAUGAUGUUCCAGAAACAACGUCACUCCUUUUGAUUGGUCCAAAAGGGUGUGGAAAAAGUAGUCUUGUCAAUAGAAUUUCAAGGGUAUUUGAAAAUGACAAAUUUGCACCAGAAAGAGCUCAAGUAUCAUAUAAUUCGUCUGUUGGAGAUGGGACCUACUAUCUUCAAGAAUACAUGAUCCCAAGAGGUUCAGCUUCGUUCUGUCUUUUUGAUACCCGGGGCUUGUGUAACGACUCCUCUGAUAACAUUAAUAUGAUUAAGUAUUGGAUGAAGAAGGGUGUUCGUCAUGGGGAACUUGUUGUAAGGAAAUCAGAUGAUUCUAAUUUAAGAAGAAGAAUAAAGUGCAAAACACGGGAGCUAGGUUGGCGGUCCUGCAAGACCAGGACAGUUAAUUUUGUCAUUUUUGUUGUUGAUGCUGUUGCUGUUUUGAAAUCCAUGGAGGGUGAUAGCCCAGCUGAGGUGCAGUACAUGCAGAUGAUCACCAGGGCUUUCAAGUGUCCAUGCUUGUCAUUUAAAGAUGAUAAACCUGUUCUGGUUAUCACACAUGGGGAUUUACUCUCAAUUGCUGAUCGUGUUCGUGUCCGUGUUCAUUUGGGAGAGCUGCUGGGUAUUCCACCUACAAAACAAAUUUUUGAUACUCCAGAAACCCAUGAUCCAAUGACAGAGUUGGCCAUUGUUGAUAUGUUGCGUUAUUCACUUGAGCAUGCAGAUCGAAAUCUUCCUCACAAGAACUGGGUAAAGGAAAAGGUGCGUAAAGUUUCUCUGUUAGCAUGCGUAUAUCUGUUAGCAAUGCUGGGGGCUGCCUUAGUAGCAGCGUACAUGAAACGUUGGACUAUGAGGCAUGCUCACAAAUCAAAGCUUCACAUAGAUUGGCAUGAUAUCCGGCACAUGUGGUUAGAGGAUUAGUGCAAGUCAGCUUCAUUUUCCUGGUUUGACACCCUUCAAUCCUGUUCAUAAACUACAUAAAUGCAUUCUCUCUGAAUGACUUUGUAUAUGUAAAGGGUUUGAUCUUUGUGAUGUACGUGGAAUUCGAAUCUUUUCAAAGAUUGGAAUUAAAACUUUGAUAUUAUUCUGU